AUCAAUCUAAAGAAGAAAUGGGGGUUCUUUCUCUGCCUUGCAUUGCGUGUGUCGCGUCUAGGUCACAAGGCACGGCCCUUGCGCCUCACAAUCGCGUGGCGGGAUGCAGGAAAGAGAGGCGUGGCGCGCUCACUGUCGUCGCUUCGUCUCCGGGAAGUGAUGGACGCUCGGCUCGUCGCGAAAUUUCAGCUCGGGAGGGAUAUUUCAGGCUUUUCUCCAAUGUCAACGAAGCUACGUUGAAGCACGAGCCAGGGAGCCUAGUGAGUGCCAUUUUUCUCGUCGCGGGGACAACAAUUGGAGCUGGAGUUUUGGCUAUUCCUGCCGUAACAGAGGAGUCUGGGUUCGCAGCAUCAUCUCUAACUUGCAGCAUUUGCUGGCUAUACAUGGUUGCUACGGGAUUGCUAGUAGCAGAAGUUAACGUGAGCACUAUGUGUGAACUUGGCUCCGGUGGCGUAUCGAUUGUUUCCAUGGCUGAGAGAACUUUAGGAGCGAUUGGAGUUCGGUUUGCCAGCUUGGCAUACCUUUUCAUUCACUAUGCUUUGCUGGUGGCUUAUGUGGCUCGAUCUGCUGAUAUCAUAUCAAACGCCAGUGGUGCUCCUCUAUGGGCUAGUGCGCUACUCUUCACUGGAAUAUUUGGCGGGCUAUGCUACAGUGGAAGCCAGCGUAUAAUCGGGGCGUUUAAUGGAGCUUUGGUACUUGGAAUAAUUGCAAGUUUUAUCUCCCUUGUGGCUGUUUCAACAGGAUAUAUAGAGCCUGAAUUACUCCUGCGAGCCAAUUUUGCUGCAGUGCCUAGAAGCGUUCCUGUGAUUGCAUUGGCAUUUGUCUACCAGAAUGUAGUUCCUGUUAUUUGUACCAAUCUUGAAGGGGACCUCAAAAAGAUAAGGACCGCCAUUGUGGCCGGGACUGCCAUUCCCUUGGCAAUGUUUAUUGUAUGGGAUGCCGUUAUUCUUGGCAGCGUAUACCCGGGAGCCGGAAACUCAUCUCUUUCAGAUCCAUUGAUGCAAUUGCGAUCACAAAGCGGCAUCAUAAGCCCUCUGGUGGAAGUAUUCUCGCUGCUGGCCAUCACGACGUCUUAUAUCGGUUUUGUGCUUGGUCUGUCGGACUUUGUCGCCGAUUUGCUCAAGCUCCCGGGUGGCGGAUCCAGAAAACCUUUACCAUAUGCUGUGACUCUGCUUCCUCCAACAGCACUCGCGUUACUAUCUCCAGACAUAUUUUUCAAAGCUUUGGAUUUUGCUGGUGCCUACGGCGUGCUAGUCUUGUUUGGUAUUUUGCCGGCAUCUAUGGCCUGGUCACAAAGAUACUCGACAUCUUCUUUACCCGCUGUUCCUCCUAUGGUUCCUGGAGGUCGUUUGGCACUGGGUGUGAUGAUAACAGGAGCUGGCUUCAUCAUUACUACACAGUUUUUGAGCACACUCUCGUGAGCAAAAUGCUUUAUGAUCGAUCAAAGUAUCAGGCUUUCCAAGCUCUAUCAGAUUACUUUACGAUAAGUCUAUCUUGAGAGUGAGUGUUUGAAUUCGAUGCAAAUUGCUAGCUGAAUAAACUAUGACAUAAAAACUUUCAUUCGAAA